AUGCCUCGGAUUUCCAGCUUCACGCUUUUUUCAGCACUCGCCGUGGCCGCCUCGAUCAUCCCCACAGCUUCGGCCUUCCAGUCCGGUAGUGGUGGUCGCGUACUAUGGGAAAACAACUGCGACUUCUACGGAAACGACUAUCGCUCCAUGAGGGCCAUCCCGGACGUGUGCGGUGAUGUCUGUGCCAGCGAUUCAAAAUGCACGCACUGGGCCUGGAAUAACUACAACGGCGGUACUUGCUGGUUCAAGACGGGCUCUCGAUCGGCCAAAACUGGCAAAUGGGGCACGAACUGCGGCUACGUGGUAUCUCGAAGCACCCAAGGUCAAAAUCAAAACCAAGGCGAAGCACGGGGUCAGUCAUCCAGCAGCGGUCUGUCUGCGUCCGAAAUGGGCGAGAUGCUGAGCCGGAUCAACGCCUACCGCUCGCAGAAUGGUCUACCUGGUCUCUCAAUUGACAACCGAUUGGUGAACGCUGCCGCUUUCCACUCUCAGGACCAGGCCAACAAUUGCAAGAUGCAGCACGCCGGCUCAAACGGCUCAAGGCUUGGUGACCGCAUCAAGGCACAAGGUUACAACUUCAACAUGGCUGCGGAGAACGUGGCUGCCGGUCAAAAGUCUGUGGAGGAAGUCAUGAAUUCGUGGUGGAACUCGCCAGGCCACCGUGCCAACCUCCUCAACAAGAACGUGGAGAAUGUCGGGUUCGCAAAGGUGGUGAACAACGGUUGCAGCAACUAUGCAACUUACUGGACACAGGACUUCGGCCGCCUCGGUUGA